AUUUAAGCACCGAGUUCAUACAAAUCAGUCAUUUUGCACUUUGAAUGAGAGACUGACACUGACAGUAACAUGCAGCCUGAGGAGGAGGCAGCUCUCGGAUCCAUCGGGAACCCGAUCAGAUUUAAGGACCAGCACUUCAAGACUCUCCGCGAUGAGUGUUUAAAGUCUGGUGUGUUAUUUUCUGAUCCGGCCUUCGCAGCCGAUCAGAAGUCCAUCGGCAUGCCCGAAGACCCAGAUCCCAACAAGGCGAUCAAGUGGCUGCGACCCAAGGAGAUCAGCAAGAACGCUGUGUUUGUGGAGGGCACAACCGGGACCACCGAUAUCUGCCAGGGCCAGCUGGGGAACUGCUGGCUGCUGGCUGCCCUGUCCUGCCUGACCAUGCACCCAAAACUGUUUGUCAAGGUGGUGCCGCCCAAACAAAACCUCUCUGAGUCCUACGCAGGAAUCUUCCACUUCAGGUUCUGGCAGUAUGGUGAGUGGGUGGAAGUGGUUGUGGAUGACAGGCUGCCAGUGCGUGAAGGCCGUCUGCUCUUCAGCUACUCUCACACCCGCAAUGAGUAUUGGAGCGCCCUGGUGGAGAAGGCCUAUGCCAAGCUAAUUGGAUCCUAUGGAAGUCUGAAGGGGGGUAAUAUUUCAGAGGGGAUGGAGGAUUUCACCGGAGGAAUAGCGUACUCCAUCCCCGUCUCGUCUCGUACCCCCCGAGUCCUCUGGCGGUCUCUGACGGCGGCCUUGUCUCGCGGCAGCCUGCUCAGCUGCUUCAUCCAGGCCAGCAGCUACCAGGAGAUUGGUAAAGUGACAGGAGACGGGCUGGUUAAGGGCCACGCGUACGCCAUCACUGACAGUGACAAGGUGAAGAAGGCGUCAGGGGAAACUUUGUUGCUGAAGCUGAGGAACCCCUGGGGCUUUGUGGAAUAUAGUGGGCCCUGGAGUGACAAAUCUAAAGACUGGGAUGACGUGGGCAAAGCUGAGAGGGACAGGAUGGAGCUGAAAAAGAGAGAGGAUGGAGAGUUCUGGAUCAGCACUGAGGACUUCAGCCGGCUGUUUGACACGGUGGAGCUGUGCAGUGUGAGUCCAGACACGCUGGUGGAGGGCGACACGCCUGCCUCACCCGGUGCCACGUCUGUCUGGACCAUCAGCGCCCACGAGGGCUGCUGGGUCCCAGGGAGCUCGGCUGGCGGGAGCCGCAGAUACCAACGAUCAUUCUGGAAGAACCCCCAGUUCGAGCUGGUUCUGACAGAGCAGGACAAAGCAGAUGAAGAUGAUGAGGAUGAUGAGGAUGACAAAGAUGACGAGGAUGAUGAGGAGAUGACCCCAGAGGAGAAGAAAAUAGCGGAGAAACAGAAGAAGAAAGGGAAACAGUGCACAAUACUAGUGGAGCUUCUACAGAAGGACAGGAGGAAGAAGAAUAAAGUUCACUUCCUCUACAUGGCUUUCCACAUCUACAGGGUUCCAUCUGAGCUCCAGGGUGCGUGUCUGGACCGCAGCUUCUUCACCCAGAACCGGCCCGUGGGUCGCUCCGGGAAAUAUCGCGCUCAGAGAGGUGUGUGGAGGAAGGUGCACCUGGACCCUGGGAACUAUGUCAUUGUGGCCUCCACCUAUCGACCCAACAAGCCUGGAGAGUUCUUCCUCCGCAUCUUUUCCAAGACUGGAAACACCCUGGGGACCCAGGAUUUCACCUGCUCCUCCGGCUUCCUCAUGGUCAUGUCCAUGCCGGUCUCCCCUGAGGAUCACAUCAGAGUUCAGAAAACGUUUGAUGACGUGGCCGGCCCAGAUGACAGGAUGGAUGCCAAGGAGCUCAUGGAUCUGUUCAACUCAGUUCUUGAGAAAGAUUACCAUCUGCCGCUGGAGACGUGCAGACAGCUCAUCUUUGGAGAAAAAACUAAAGGGCGUUCCAGUCUCAGCCGUAAACAAACAGAAACCCUGCUGUCCUAUUUGCGCAAUCUGCAGUCCAUCUUUUUCCGGUUUGAUGAGGACUCUUCAGGGACCAUGAGCCCCUUUGAACUUAGCAUGGCGCUGCAGGCUGCUGGAGUGCAGUGUGACGGGAAGGUUGUUCAGCUGCUCUCGGAGAGGUUUGGAUCUGGAGAGCCCCACCUGCCUUUCUGUGGCUUUGUGUCAUGUGUCACCAGACUGCGCAAGCUAUUUGCCCUGUAUGAAUCAGAGACCAGCCAAGAGGUGAAAGACAGAGGGAUCAAUAAUUGGCUGCUGCAGCUCCUGACGGUGUGAACACGCUCUGUGAACGGGGUUUAACGCUCUGUCCACGGCUGCUCUGCAAACAUGCCGUGUGGUUGUGAGCUAUCAUUGUUAAGAGAGUUCUUACCUUAUUAUAAAGCAAUACUGUUGACUAUAUCACUUUGUGCCUAAGCAUGCUGCUGUCUUUUUCAUUCUUCAUCCUAUAUUUUUAUAAUACUAAACUACUGACUACAGCUUUAAUGUACUGCCAUGCAGGGUAGGGAACACUAACAUUUAAACAUUUUGCCAUAUCAGUUUACUGGUAGUGUAGACAUUGUAAUAAAAUUGUUUCCAUAAGCAAUUACAGUUCUUGACUGAUUAUAAUUACGCCGAUUACUUUUUAUGUCUACAAUGCAUUGCUCUAUUAACACAGCCUUGUUUUGGAACCUAAAUACACAUGAAAGUGUAAGUGUGAGAUGUGUAUGUUUGCAUUUUUGUGUGAAUGGUAGAA